AUGUCCCUUGCCCAGACAGCGGCUCUUCUAGAUCUAGUACCCGCUUUGAGACGGAUCCCAGACUUUCUCAUGCCGAUCAAGAAGGAAGGGCGCAAGAUCCAUUAUAGAGAACUAAGUCUUUUUCGAGGGUUAUACCUUGCAGCCAAGAAGGGACUCGAAGGUGGUUCAGCAAAGCCAUGUGUCUGUGUCGACCUAGUCAAGCUGCAAAAAGAAGAAGGGUUCUCCGACACUUUUGCUUCAUAUCUCAGUGGCUCACUACUUCAAGCAGGCUCGGAAACAACAGCCAGUAUUCUCAUCGGUUUCGUCCAAGCCAUGGUUAUCUUCCCCGAUGUCGCAAAGACCGCGCAAGAGGAACUCGAUCGUGUAUGUGGGGACCGGCUACCAAACCUGGACGAUAUGCCUGAUCUGCCCUAUAUCCAUGCUUGCAUGAAAGAAAGUCUGCGUUGGAUGCCUGGCUUUAUGCUGGGUAUACCGCAUGCAACAACUCAACAUGAUAGCUAUCUCGGAUAUCACAUCCCCAAGGGAGCAACGGUCAUCAUCAACGUCUGGUCGGUAUAA